AUGUUAAGAACGGCGGAGGAUAAGGAGGUGGUGGUAUUUGGUGAACGCCAAAAUUACCUGUCGAAUGUGAUUUUGGCGUUGAAGCCUAAAAAGUUAGUACGAAAGAGAUGCGAAUCCUUUUUGGCUUAUAUUAGUGAUACGGAGGGUAAGAGCCUUACUGUUAAGGAGUUGAGAACAGUUAGGGAAUUUCUGGAUGUCUUUCCCGAGGGGCUGCCUGGGUUGCCACCCAGCAGAGAAGUGGAAUUUGGAAUUGAGUUGUUACCUGGAACGGCUCCGGUGUCUAUCGCUCCUUACCGGAUGGCACCAAAGGAGUUGUUAGAACUUAAGGCACAGAUUCAGGAAUUGUUGGAUCAAGGAUUCAUCCAACCAAGUAGAAUCAAUGAUCUUUUUGAUCAGUUUAGGGGAGCUUCUGCUUUCUCAAAGAUUGAUUUGCAUUCAGGAUAUCACCAAUUGAGGGUUAAGGAGGCAGAUGUUCAUAAGACAGCUUUCAAAACUCCCUAUGGGCACUACGAGUUCUUGCCCUACUUAGAUCAGUUCGUGGUAGUCUUUAUAGAUGACAUUCUGGUGUACUCAAAAGAUGAGGAAGAGCAUGAUACACACUUAAGGAUUGUGUUGCAGACUUUGAAGGAGAAGCAGCUGUAUGCCAAAUUCACGAAUGUGGUAGCUGACGUAUUGAGUCGUAGGGUUAAGUCAGACUUGAGGGCUAUGCUCGCCCGAUUAAGCUUGUUGGAUGAUGGUAGCUUGUUAGCUGAGCUUCAAGUAAAGCCAAUGUGGGUUGAGCAAAUAAGGAGUAAGCAAUUGAUGGAUGAGACCUUGGGUGCUCGUCUUAAACAAGUGGAGAGUGGGGAGACAUCAGACUUUAGGAUGAACAGUGAAAGAGUGUUGUGUUUCCGUGGGAGAAUGUGUAUACCAAAGGACAAUGAUCUAAGACAAUCUAUUCUGCGGGAAGCACAUAGCGGCCUCUAUGCUAUGCAUCUUGGUGGGAACAAGAUGUAUCGGAACUUGCAGGAGCUUUAUUGGAGGCCUGGACUUAAGCGCGAAGUUAUGGAAUUCGUAAGUAAGUGCUUGGUUUGUCAAAAGAUGAAGGCGGAGCAUCAGCUGCCUUCGGGAUUGCUUCAGCCAGUGAAGAUUCCACUCUGGAAAUUGGUAAGACAGAUUGGUCCAAUCGCUUACCAGCUGGAGUUACCUCCUGAACUAAACCAGAUCCAUGACGUUUUUCAUGUUUCCAUGCUAAGGCGGUAUCGCUCGGGUCCUUCACAUGUCGUGGGGGUUGAAGAAAUUAAGGUUAGGCCAGACCUAACUUUCGAGGAAGAGCCCAUACAAAUAAUUGGUCGAGAUGUCAAAGAGCUAAGAAGGAAGUCCGUUCCAUUAGUCAAAGUGCUUUGGCGGAAUCACAAGGCUGAGGAGGCUACUUGA